GUCUAACCUUCGAGUAAAUUGAGCAUUAUAAGAUUUAUUUCGUGAGUUAUUCAUUAUAAAUGUGAGCACUCAGCAGCCAUGGCUGUAGUAAGAUGCAGGAAAUGCCGUUAUGACCUCCAAAUUGGAGAUGCUGUCAUUAUUGAAAAUAAAGAUUGCAAUGCAGAUACAAGCACAGACUCUGGACAGUUCAGUGUGUGGUAUCUGGACGUGGAUAGGGCUCCAGAAUGGAUACAGCUAGAAAUCACAGAUGCAAGUUGGACGAAAGGGAAAUUAGUUUGUCCAAAAUGUAAUGGAAGACUGGGGUCGUUUGACUUCUUGGUUGACAGACGGUGUUACUGUGAAAACCAUGCCGUGCCCAGUGUUCACCUUCUUAAAAGUCGAGUUGAUUAUUUUAGGAAACAAGAUAUUCCUGUUGUCAGAAAUAAAGGGCAGAUAAGAACCAGACGUGUUAAGGAAUUUCAAAUGGGGGUAUCACCAGGUGAAAAUAGCGCCACCUUGGAUUUGAUUAAUAAUUCAAGCACAGUGAUUGACCAUACCUGGUCAUUUAUGCCCAGCUGUGAGUCUGAGCGUGAUACUUUGGAUAUUGGUGUUGCAAGCAGCUUGCCUUUAUAUAUGAAUAAGUCUAGUCAAGAAAAACCAGAAACAGGUGAUGCUGAAGAUAAUAACGGUUUGAUGAUCAAUAGUAUUAAGAUGAAAACAAGACUUUCCACUGAAAAUAUUGAGUUGCCAUCGCAUUUUGAACAUUCAGAGAAUAGUAGAAGCAAAUUUGGUUUACGUAAGCGUUCACAAAAAUUGUGUUCACAAACUAGUGAGAGUGUGAUGCAGCCUGGAAAUAUUGAAGGGCGUGGCCUUAAUCGUCAAUUAUGCCAAGGUGAUAACAUAAAUUAUGAAAGAGCUAGAAAGGACCAGGCUGUAAGAAGUAAUCUAUUUGAAGUUCUCCAAGAAACAACAUCAAAGGACGAAUCAGAGGUUGAGGAGGCUGAGGUGGAGAUCCCUUCAGAGUUUAGCUGCCCCGUGUGUCUGGAGCUGUUCUAUCAGCCCCACGAGUGUCGCCCAUGCCUGCACGUUUUCUGUGAGCACUGUCUGCGCGACAUCUGCAAGCAGAAACCGGUCAACACCCCGUGCCCUCUGUGUCGCAAGCUGAUCGACAGCUGUCACCCCUGCAAAGAAACAAUUGCAAGAAUUAGACAGGAGCUACCAGGUCCGUAUAAGGAGAGAAAGCAGGAGCUGCAGAGAUUGAAAAAGACCACAAAGUUCUACCCUCUCCCGCAGGCUACAUCGCACCAUUUCUCGAUGGCUGAAAGACUAGGGCAGUUAGAGGAGCAAUACAGCGGACGGGGGUUCUUUUUUGGACUCGAGGAUGUCCUUACACAGUGCAUCCAGGAUGUGGUGAUCAGAUUUGCGUGGCUGAUCAUGCUGUUUCUUAUCCACAAUAUGAUGUUUAUUGUCUGCAACAGAUAUGACAGACUUGGCAGAUAUGACAGACACAAAGAAGUUGACAACCUCUGUUGA